AUGUCUGUCAAUAUCUCUACUAGUCAACAGUCUUUUCUUAUCUCCCGAUUUCCGUGUGUUCAUAUCUAUCUAUCUAUCUAUCUAUCUAUCUAUCUAUCUAUCUAUCUAUCUAUCUAUCUCGAACAGUCUGUCUGUCUGUCUAUCUAUCUCAGUUCUUAUCUCUCGUUUUAUGUCUGUUCAUAUCUAUCUAUCUAUCUAUCUAUCUAUCUAUCUAUCUAUCUAUCUAUCUAUCUCGAACAGUCUGUCUAUCUUUCUAUCUCAGUUGUUAUCGCUCGAUUUAUGUCCGUUCAUAUCUUUCGAUCUGUUUCUAUCUAUCUAUCUAUCUAUCUAUCUAUCUAUCUAUCUAUCUAUCUAUCUAUCUAUCUAUUUCUGUAUCUGUAUAUCUAUUUUUCUGUCUAUCUCACCUAUCUAUCUAUCUAUCUAUCUAUCUAUCUAUCUAUCUAUCUAUCUAUCAGAGUGGACGACAGUCUCUGUCAGUCAAUUUGUCCUGUUGUCGAAUGCGUGGAACGUCUCUGCAUGAUACUUCGCAACCAAGUAAACAAAAAAUAA